AUGGCUUCCAACGUCGACCUCGCGGACCGCUUCGAUGUCUCUGGGCCGACGCACAUCAUGUCUCGAUCCGGCGCCGGCCCUUCUUCUCCAACGAUGAUUGACUGGAACAAUGAGGAGGAUCGUCGGUGCGUGGCCGCCUGCGUCGUGAAGGGCACCUACAUCCUCGAGAACGACAGAACCAUGUGCAGGGUGCACGCGGAGGCGCUGGCUCCGCCGUGGUGGGAGAGCUUCCACUUCCGCCUCAGCGGCGUGCUCACGGAGGAAUCCUUCAGGCGCAAGUGCGACAAGCUCAUCUUCGGCGCCAUCUAUGAGAACGUCCCCGUGGCGGGCGGACGCCGCCACCCUUCUGCUCCGCAGUACAUCGUGGCCUUCCGAGGGACUAUGCUGCCGCAUCCCAAGGCGAUACACGACCUGUUCCUCGACUUCAAGAUCAUGGCCAACACGCUCUCGGACUCCAAGCGCUCCGAGCUCGCGCACCGGGCCGUGGACACGCUCCUCGCGACCAUCGCCAGGGGCAAAGCCGGCUCCGAAGGCAGCGGCGUCGUGUGGCUCGCGGGGCACUCUCUCGGCGCGUCGCUGGCGCUGGAGGUGGGGCGGACCAUGAUGGCGGAGCAGGGCCGCAGCCUCCCGACCUUCCUCUUCAACCCGCCGCACGUGUCGCCCAUUCCGGCGAUCAACGUGAUGCUCCCGUCGGAGGGGGUGAGGAGGGAACUGCUCGCCAAGAGCAACCUCGUCAAGGCCGGGCUCGGGCUGGUCCUCAGCCCCCAUUGGAAGCGCAUGGAGAGGUUGUUUGAGCGGCUGUCCCCGUGGGCGCCAAACCUGUACGUGCACGAGAGGGACGUCAUCUGCCAGGGCUUCAUCGGCUACUUCGAGCAGCGGCAGCAGCUGGAGGAGCGCUGCCGUGGCGCCAAGUCGGCCACCACGCUGUCGUACCGCGACAUGCUCUUCUCCGCGCUCGGCAAGGAGAAAGAGCGGCCGCACCUCCUGCCAUCCGCGACGCUCUGGAAGAACUCGAGCAUGGACAGAAACGCCAACUUACUCCAGCAGUCGUUGGCCGCACACGAGCUCCAGCAGUGGUGGAAAUCGGACGCCGACCUCAGGCUGAGCAACAGACGUUAUAGCUUCGCUUGACCAUAUAGUUCAUGCUCGAAUAUAUCAUUAUAUCAAUUUCAGGCUACAGUGUAUCUUCGUCAUACAUUAUUAG